UCGGUCAGCUGUGGACUUCACACGUCCUAAAUUUGAAUCGAAUGUAGAUUCAAAUUAAACUCGAACUUGUAUUUAAAGAGGUCUCUGAUUGAUUCAUCAUCUGUACUUUUAUUAGAUUUUGGUAUAUUUAAAAAAUAUUACCAUUCGAACAUAAUUUCCUGUUAUGCAUUUUUUAAAAAUUUUUACUUGAAAAUUUAAGAUAUUCUGUCUGUUCCUCAUCUUUAUAUAUAUUCCUAUAUCAGGAUUGUUGUUUUGUUGUCUUUAUAAGUUUAACAACAAUAUUUCAUGAAGAAAAUAUUGUGAUACUUCAGCAUAUUGGGAGAACAAAAUUUAUUAUUUCUCUAGCUCUUGAAACUGUUCCAAAAAGAAUACAAAUUUAAAAAGUCAUCAUGACCGGUCCACAAGUGACAUAUUGCUGUGAUAUGGAUAAGUCAGUUUUGAUCUCAAAUUUCGAGAAGCGAGGAUGGAUUCCUGUUGGUCCAGAUGACGAUUGGAAUGUAUACUGGUCCUCAGUUUUGACUGUGAGAAAUAUUUUCAGUGUAGAAACUGGAUACAGACUUUCAGAUAAUCAAAUUAUUAAUCAUUUUCCAAAUCAUUAUGAGUUAACAAGAAAGGAUUUAAUGGUAAGAAAUAUAAAACGCUAUCGACGUGAACUAGAAAGAGAAAACAGCCCUUUAUCUGAGAAAGAUGAGAAUGGAAAAUAUGUGCACUUGGAUUUUAUUCCUGUGACAUUUAUUUUACCUGCUGAUUACAAUAUGUUUGUGGAGGAAUUCCGUAAGAAUCCUUCUAGUACAUGGAUUAUGAAACCCUGUGGAAAAUCUCAAGGUGUUGGAAUCUUUCUUAUAAAUAAACUUUCUCAAUUGAAACGUUGGUCUCGAGAUAGUACAAGUUUCAAUCCAGCUGUUGUAAAAGAAUAUUAUGUCAUAUCAAGAUACAUAGACAAACCUCUAUUGAUUGGAGGACGGAAAUUUGAUCUAAGGAUAUAUGUAUUAGUGACUUCUUUCAGGCCUUUGAAAGCAUAUAUAUAUCGGUUAGGAUUCUGUAGAUUUUGCCAUGUAAAAUAUUCUGGUAAUAUUAAGGAACUUGAUAACAUGUUUGUACAUUUGACAAAUGUAUCUAUUCAAAAACAAGCUGACGAAUAUAAUAGUGUUCAUGGUGGCAAAUGGACAGUUCAAAAUUUACAACUGUACCUUGAAGGAACCAGGGGAAAAGAGGUAACUGAUAAACUAUUUGAAAGUAUGAGAUGGUUGAUAUUACAUUCCUUGAAGUCAGUUGCAUCUGUGAUGGUUAGUGAUCGCCAUUGUUUUGAAUGUUAUGGGUAUGACAUUAUCAUCGGAGAUGAUUUAAAACCUUGGCUGAUUGAGGUCAAUGCAUCACCUGCUCUAACUGCAACAACUGCUAAUGAUAGGGUUAUGAAGCAGAAACUUAUUGAUGAUAUUUUUAAUAUCUGCUUAGAAAAUGGAGAAUACCCUAAUGCGAAAUGGAACAAAACUCCUGAUAAAUCACUGCUUGGAAAUUUCGAUAUUUUAGUGGAUGAAGAAGCUACUGCUCCUGAAAGCGUUGUAGAAAAAGAAAAUGUAAAAGCCAAGGGAGAUUAUAGCAAGACUGGAGCUCGAGCUAAAGAACGACAUACUCCUCGAUGGAGUUACAGCAUUGGAGAAUGAAGAAAAAGUUUUGAAAUUAUGCCUUGUAAUAUAAACAGUAUUCUUCUGUUGUUUGAAAGACAUCUGAUUCAAAUUAGUAGAAGAAAAUUAUCUACAAAAACGAACAAGUUUGGAUUGAAAUAAUGAAACUUAAAUAUCUAUAGUAAAUGGAUGACUUAUUUAAAAAAAUCGUGGCCGAAGACAGAGAAGACACUUUGAAUUUUAAACUUCUUUUUGUUUCUAUCCUGGGAGGCAUAGUUUAUGUACAAGAAGCACUGGCGGACUAGCGUCCGUUCACCAGCGAUACAAGAACAGAAGAGUGUAAAAAAGAGCGAAGAGAGAGAAAAUAUUUUCUCCAAUGUUUAUAUAUUGUGAGAUUCUGAUAAGGAUUUCUUUAUAAGUGUCGAUUUAGACAAGGGAAAUUCAUAUAUCUUUGAAAUUUGCUUGGCUGGACAGUUUUAUUUAUCCCUUCACUUGGAGUGUGGGAACUUGUUGUUUUCCACUAUUUUAGAACUCGUGUUGAAUUAAUUAAAUAAAAAAGGUGGAAUGGGAUCAGUAAAUAAGAGAACAUUUUAGGAUGAAGUUAAUCUGGGCUAAAGUAAGCUAAAAUGUAGGAAAUUAAUUAAGUUUAAAUUAGAUUUUAAAAUAUCAUUACACACACACAUAUUUAUAACUUUAUCUUCAAUAAUUUCAAAUAUAAAUCAGGUUCAACUUAUAGCUGUGUCCUAUAUUUAUUUUUAAUGAAUUGUAUGAUUGAAAAUCUAGAUUUUCAAAAAUAAGAUGUUUUGAAAAUCAGUGAAAGAUUUAUCGCCUUUCUGAAGUAUACUUACAUUCAUAUCUUAAUUUUAGCUACAAAUUGCAUGAGUUAACUUAUUGCUUUUGUUUUUAAUUCAUUCAUAAGAUUUCUAUUAUAUGAAAUAUCUAAAAGCUAGUAUUUUUACUGAGACAAAAUGUUUGAUCUUUCAUUUUAAUUGUAGUUGAAUGAGAAGUUUGAAAAUUUGAAAUUUAUAUAAUAUCACGAAGAUAUAUUUGUACUAAAAUAAAAUUUAAGUUAAUAAGCCAUAAAUAAUUUAAGUUAAUUAUGUGUACAGAAAUGUGUGAAAAAAAUGUGUAGUCCGUCUUUAUCUACACCGCAAUUACUCCAGUAUACAUCUUUCUUAGAACUUAUGAGAUCCAGUAAUCUAGAUAAAUAUAUACGUUUUUACAUCAAGUCGAGUGUUUAACAACUUACUAUUCUGUGGUAAAGUUUCAUAAUAAAGCAAUGAAACAACAAUCCUAAAGAAAAUUUAACAUUUUCUGUCUAUUUUAAGGUCAAUAUCUGCAUGCCUUAUUAUUAGAAAUGUUUAAAAUUCAACUAUCAUGUUUAGUACUUAAUCUACUAUUUGGGUAUUAAGUGUACAAGAA